AUGAAACAUCAUGGUGACUACGUCGGUAUCUUUUUACUAAGAGAUCCCGUGCUGUUAGUGACUUCACCAGAAUUCGCGCGAAAGGUGCUAUUGAGUGAUUUCAACUACUUCACGGAUCACGGGAUCUACAGCAAUGAAGAAGUCGAUCCAUUAGCCGCGAAUGUGUUCUUCAUGCGAGGAGAUCGAUGGCGCAAACUGCGGAUGAAGCUGACACCGUCGUUCACGUCCGGAAAGCUUAGGGCAAUGUUUCACACAAUAGUGGAUGUUGGCAAGAAACUGGACCAGUACUUGGAAGCAAGAUGUGCCAAGGUGCAGCUAAUCGACGUCAAAGAAUUGCUGGCUCGCUUUCUGACCGACGUUAUCGCCUCCUGGGCGUUUGGGAUCGAGAGUAACAGCUUGAACGAUCCACAGUCCCAUUUCCGGCAAAUGGGCAAGCAGAUGGUCAAUCUGCCAAAGUACAAGGCUCUGAAGAUGCUGGGGGUGCGAUUCAACUCCAAGCAUGUAUCGGAUUACUUUAUUUCGGUCGUGCAGGAUACGAUGCGACACCGUAAGGAAACUAAUUCACGAAGGGAUGAUUUCAUGCAGCUGCUAAUUGAUAUGAUGAAAAAGACUGGAUCUAAUCAGGAGGAUGGGUUGACAUUUGAAGAAAUCGCUUCUCAAGCCUACAUAUUCUUCUUCGCCGGGUUCGAAACGUCUACCACCACGAUGACCUGCGCCUUACAUUUGAUGGCAAAGCAUCCCAAAGUGCAGCAUAAGGCCCGGCAAUGUGUGAAAGAUGUGCUCGAGAAAUAUAACAAUGAGCUUUCCUACGAUGCUGUUAAUGAAAUGGAAUACCUGGGGUGUAUCAUCAGUGAAACCCUCCGUAUGUACCCUCCGGUGGCAUCGAUUCAUCGUGAAACUACACAACCCUACCAGCUUGCAAAUGGAGCAAUCAUACCGAAAGGAAUUGGAGUGAUUAUAUCGAAUUUGGCCUUCCAUUACGAUCCUGAGCAUUUCCCAAAUCCAUAUGCUUUCAAACCGGACCGAUUUGCCGGCACGACGGAUUGGAAGAACAACUUCAGCUAUCUGCCUUUCGGUGAAGGACCACGGAUGUGCAUUGGAAUGCGGUUUGCAUUGCUCCAAACGCGGCUUGGGUUGGCAAUGUUGUUACGAAACUAUAACUUUACGAUGGACUCGUGCGAAGCACAACGUCCUUUGCGUAUUCAUCCUAUCAAUUUGAUGCAUGGUCCAGCUGAUGAAGUUUGGUUAGAAGUUAAAAGUAUAAAAAAAUCGAGAAACAAACAAAUUAAAUGA